UUAUUUGACUGGAAGGCUAUCAUGAUGAACUGUCAAGAAAGCAACUAGAAUCUGUACAGCAAUUUGCUACUAGGAAUUUAUCAUAAUCGCAAGUGGAUACGUGCAAAACCUCAGAAACAUUGUGUACACUCUUUAAUUUGUAAAGAGUUUUAUUUGCACGCUCACUAGAUAAUUUUGCAAUAAAAUAAUAUUUGCCGUUAUCAGCAAACUUUUACACAAAUAAAGCGCCACCGAUAGACAAGCCAUAGCUGUAAAAUGCCACGCGGAAAAUACGUAAAUCACAAAGGUAGAAGCCGACACUUCACAUCACCCGAAGAGUUGGCCAGUGCCCGAGAUGAGUCCAGCGAAGAGGAGACUGAGUCGGGGGAUGAGAGUGAUAAUGCCGCAGCAGGUACUAGUAAAGCUGCACGCGCUAAACCAAAGCCACGAGCCAAGAAGACAAGUGGCGGUGGUGGCAGUAGCAGUGAAGAGGAUUCCGAUGAGGAAUCGUCCGAAGAAGAAGACGAUCGUGAUGCACGCAAAGGUGUCGCUUCACUCAUUGAAAUCGAGAAUCCAAAUCGUGUUACAAAGAAAACAGUACAAAAACUGACCAAUUUGAAAUUAGAAGAAACGGCGCCUUCUAAGCCCGAGUUGACACGACGUGAGCGUGAACAAAUCGAAAAGCAAAAGGCGCGUGCGCGCUAUGAAAAAUUACACGCAGCCGGCAAAACGACAGAAGCAAAAGCGGAUCUCGCACGUUUGGCGUUGGUCCGUCAGCAACGUGCUGAAGCAGCAGCUAAACGUGAAGCUGAAAAGAAAGCUCUGGAUGAUAAGAAGUCACCAGGUAGCAAGGCUUAGGGAAACUUUUGACUGCCUGGUCAUCUACCUAGGAACGCGGCAAUCCAUAACUGGUUUUAACUUUUUUUAUUAAUUAUUUUUUAUUUGAUUUGAAUGCAGUAGCUGUUCAUUUAUGUAACGAGCAGAAUUCGUUUUAUAUUGCCGGAAAAAACUCAACCCAUCCACUAAUUAAUUAUUACAAUCUUAUUACAUUUUACUAAUGCGACAAAUUCAAUGAAGUUAAAUAGCAAAGGGUUAUCAAUUGCAAAACUCGGCGAUGUAGUAAGAGUCUAUAUGAAAUACGUAACGGUAGAAACUGAUGAAUAACCACGACAUGGUAACACGUUACAACUGCUUGUUAGAUUGUAUGCAUAUUGAAAUGACCAAUACUAAUGAAUGAAUAAAGGUAUAAAAAUGCUGUUUUAUAAA